GCUAGGGAGGCAUAGGAAGCGAUGUGCAGGAGAACGCGGUGAGGUCGGCAUCAGUCGUGUCAGGACGACGCUGAAGACAGGUAGCAGCAUCCGAGCAGCAGCACCAGCACACCUGCCCAGACUCUACGCCUAAUAAGAGGUGCCAGGGAGCCCUCUACCUGCUGAGUUACCUCACCGGAGCAUCAUCGUCACACAUACAGAUAUUAGACACCAUUCCUUACACGUAGAUCACACCACGCGGUAACGCCCACAUUGCACUUUUCUUGGCGUCGUCCUGCCAGGGAAGACUAACAUUCGAGGACCCAGCAGUCAGACAACCCAGGCAUCAUGCGUUGGCGGGACCAUCACGUAUUACUUAUACUGCUACUACUCCUGCAACUGCUCACCAACCUCCAGGCUUCCCCUAUGGUGCCUGAAACGGUACUAAAGGCGGAAGAGGUAGUAAAGGAGGCUGAAAAAGUUAUCGAACCUGAACCUAAGAAAGAGGACGAGAUCCAAACACAAACGGAAAUCCAAACCCAGACGCAGACCCAGAGCGAAAUCAAGACCCAGAGCCAGGAAAUCCAGGACGUGAAGCAGACGUUCCGAGUGCGCCCCGAGAACACUCAAGUGCGAAUGGGGGAGAACGUGUAUUUGUGUUGCAUCGUGGAUCACCAGCAGGGCAAGGCACAGUGGACCAAGGACGGCUUCGCUUUGGGCUUCAACCGCACCGUGCCUGGGUACCCUCGCUAUCAGUACGUGGGCAACGAGACCAUCGGCGAGCACCACCUUGUGAUCCGCGGCGCUACUCUUGAGGAUGAGGGCGAGUACGAGUGCCAGGUUGGACCGACAGCGACCAACGAGGCUAUCUGGUCUGGUGCCAACGUCUCUGUUAUGGUUCCUCCGCGCAAGAUCGUCAUGGUGGGCUGGGGUGACGGGGCCAUGGUGGAGGUGACUCAGGGCACCAAACUCAAGCUAGAGUGCCUGCUGAUGGACGCCAAGCCCGCCCCGACAGUCGCCUGGUACAGAAAUUCCCUAAGAAUCGACCCCAGCCACCACUACGAGAUGAUUGAGGAGACCACGAACACUAAGAUGGUCAGCGUGCGAAGUUUCCUUGUGUUGAGGGCGGAAUCCGGUGAUGAUGGCCACCAGUAUUCCUGCCGCGCUAUUCAUCCCGCCAUCGUGUACUCCCAGCCACCUCUCGUCGCCGCCAUUAGACUCGCCGUGUUCCACCCACCAGGCCGCCCCGUGAUCAGUGAGUACAGGACAGGCCAGGUUCUAAGGGCCGGAGAAAGCCGCAUUCUUGUAUGCCACGUACUGGGCGGCAACCCUUCCCCUCGCGUCAUGUGGUACCGCCAUGGACGCCCCCUCAACCAGGAGGCCGCCGCAGCCGCAGCCAAGACCAACAGCCGAGGCAGGAGGAAUGGCCUGGUGACGAGCGCCCACCCCGCCAGGCAGCUCAAGGCGUCCGGUGGAGUGUUUGUCAGCCAGCAAGUGACGGCAACCCGCGAGGAGGACGGAGCUGUUUAUGAAUGCCGAGUGAAUAGCGACUUGUUGACGCACCCCUACACCACCAACGUCACUCUCACCGUGCACUACCCUCCCACUCAUGUGGAGGUGCGAGGUCCCGCCGCUGUGUCUGUGGGGGAGGAGUUUACCGUCACCUGCAUCACGGCUCCCGCAAGUCCUCCAGCCUCCAUCACCUGGAUUGUUCACGGUUCCUUCGUCGCCGCCGGUAACUCUACUGUUGUGGAAGACUACGAGGGCGGAUGGAUCACCACCUCAAUUCUCACCAAGCGACUCGUGAGGACUCUGGAAACUCAUGAACUGACGGAGGCCAACGUGGAGUGCCGCGCCGAACACCCUGCCACCACGAGAGCCGGCGUGAGGGGGAACCACGUCAUCAACAUCCUGGAGAGCCCCGGGGAGCCCCAGGUGGAGGUGGAGGGGAACGGCAAGGUGAUGAGCGGGGAUGAGGUGGCCUUCGUGUGCUCCUCUACCGGCGGCAACCCAGCACCGGAGCUGACGAUGUACAAAGGCACUGAGAAAUUGGAAGGGCUGAGUGUGGAGACCGAGGGUGGCGUAACCUGGGCGCGGGUCAUGGUGGAGGUGAACGCGUCGGACAACGGAGAGAAGAUCACGUGUGAAGCUUCCAAUCUCGCCACUAGCAUCCCCGUGGCCGGCCAGACCAUCCUGAAGGUGAACUAUCCCGCCUGGGAGGUGCGAGGAUGGGCCAACCCCCGCAGCGUGGAGGUAGGACACGUGGCCAAGCUGACCUGUGAAACGUCCUCCAGCGUGCCUCCUUCUGUUGUCACUUGGCACUCCUCAGGCGCUGCCCUCACCCAGCAGUCCUUCAAGCACUCUCAAGGACAGUUCGGCGGCACAGUCACGAGAUCCAAGGUGCGUGUACGUGUGCGCGCCGAGGACCAGGGACGCGUCAUCACCUGCGAAGCUGACAACGGCCUGGGCGUCACCGUGGCCACCAACAUCACCCUGGACGUGCUGCACGGUCCCAUGUGGGUCUUCACGCCUGUCAAAUUCGUCGACGUGCAGGAGGGUAACGACGUGACUCUUACAGCAUCUGCAGAAGCCAACCCAGGCCCUGUCAAGUACAAGUGGUAUCAAGGGCGCCAGAAGCUGGAUGGGAUUGAAACCGAGACUGGUGAUGGAUUGUUGAAGCUCGAGAAAGUGCAGCGUGAUAUGGGCGGCAACUACAGCGUCACAGCCAGCAGCGUGCACGGGGCCAUCAGCUCUUCCUUCACCGUGAAUGUUCUGUACGGUCCCCGGAAUCUGUCUGUGCCUGAGCGUGUGCUGGCGGACCGAAACGAGACUGUGAGCAUCCAGUGCGUGGCGGACGGCAAUCCAGCCCCUAAUGUGACCUGGAUCAGGGCAGGGGACGACACCAACUCCAUUCUGGCAGCUGGCGUCGGUGAGGCUCAGCUGGUGGUGGACUGGGCCACGCCAUCUGACACAGGCAUCUACCUCUGCCAUGCCUCCAACGAGGUGUCCGCAAGCGUGUCUCCCGCUCGCACUGUCAUCGUCGUGCCUCAGGCCCCAAGCAGACCGACCACCAGCCUGGACGGCUGGGAGGAUGAUAUGGAAGAGGAAGGAGCAGUGUGGACAGGCACAUCAUGGGCAGUGAUGGGCGGCGUAGGCGUACUGGACUGCCGUGCGCGCGCUUCUCCUCAACCUUCCUUCCAAUGGACUGAUGCUGACGGCCGCCCCAUCAGCACUGGAGACAAAUAUUUAAUCCAUUAUCCUCAGCUUGUGGAUGAUGUCGUGGAGUGGUCAUCUGUGCUUGAGGUGAAGGAUAUCACUCAAGAGGACUUUGACAAUUUCACCUGCACCAUCACCAACUCUCUGGGAUCCCUGGACUUCCCUCUCUCUCUCAAUCGACACUCUCGUCCUGGUGCUGCUCCCCUUAUCCUAAAUGUGACUGUAGUGAGUGACUCUGGCGUGAUUGUGACCUGGAAUGAUGUGACUGAGGGUCCAGCACCUGCAGGCUAUACCAUCAGACUCCGCAGUGACCAACACCCUCAGUAUCAGUUGGUAGAUGUGCCGGGAACCAACACUAGCAGCUGGGAGGUGAAGGGUCUCUCUACCGGGGCCAAGUACUCCUUCACUGUGCAGUCUUACAACCAGAAGGGCCGCCCCUACCAUACCUCCCCUGCCAUUGAGGUCCUCAUGAAAGCAGAUUAUGAGAUGGAUGAGGAGACUUCAGAUGAGACUGAGAAGACUGAUGAUGAACAAGUGGUAAAGAGGCCUCAGGGCAUCUCGCUGUUCAUGUUUGUUCUCAUUGCACUUACGGGAGCCGUCCUCUUUGUACUCAACAUCACAGGUGUCCUCUGUUACCUACGCCGCCGCUCCUUCUUCCAAGGCCUCUCAGACGGUUCCUCACGCAAAGACUCAGCAUAUGAGGUCCCAUCUCCAUCUCUGGUCGACCACCUGUCACUGAGUUCUACCGACGACAUCCCACCUCCUGACUACGAGGUAACACCUCCGCUGCCCCAACAGCAAGUGAUGGGGACAUUGGGCCGUGUCAGCUUUGGAGGCAGCCUAGUGGAUGUAAGACGUGCCUCAGGCUCACGUGGUACUCCUUCACUGGCCAGGAGCAGCCCAAUUGUCACCUCCUCCAGCACCAUUUCAGCAGGACUUGACCUUGAUAUUGAUGAAAUCAUUGCUCCUCCUGACGACUUUUCCAAUGAACUCAACAGUAUGCCAUCAGAUGAGAUCAUGUCUGGAUGCCAUGGACACAACUCCUGGGCCGACCUGGAUAACAUGUCAUCCUCAGAGCAGCUCGUCCCUCGCUCAUCUGGGCGUGACUUACCCAUCAGUCAUCAUUCCAGAACAUCUUACACUUCAUCCACAUUCCACCACAGCUUGGAAUCUCUUGAUCAGCUGUACAGUCUGACCCAAGAAACUAGACAGCCUCUCACCCUUCCUAGGCCUCCAUCACACAUGAUCUACCAUGGGCCACCUCACUUCCAGCACCUGCUGCAGCACCAUCAACAUGAACACAUGCACCAGAUUACACAGGAGAGCCAACAGCAGCAGCAGCAACAUAUGAUAUUGCAGCAGUGCCCACAGUACCAGUUCCCAAUGCCUCUAGAUGGUUCCCAGGCCUUUGGUUAUCCAAAACACCUGACACAGGAGGAGCAGUACUACCUGCAGCAGCAAUCUCAUUACCAGCCACAUCCAUCAGAACAAUCAGAACCUAUGUCUCCAUCCUAUGCCAGCCUUGAUCCUUCAAUGCUGUAUGCACAGCACUCAACAUUUUUCACAGAUGGGUCUCAGUCUACCUCAGCAUAUUCUGACCAGCAAAGUGAAGGAUCACCUCCAGUCCAGGCAACAGUGAGAUUCUCCCUUUCUUAAACAAUUCUUCUGCCAUCUACUCUGCCACUUCGUGAUGAACACGGACUGAGAACUCUGCCAUUACCACAAAAUUAAGAGCUUCAACAGACUAAACAAGAUCACCACUAAAUGUUACACAUGAUUCAAUUUCUUUUGGCAGUGCAAAUCAGUUCCCAAGUUACAGGUUUAAGAUUUCCAGUAAAAUUCAAUCUAUCACAUCAAUAUGUUCUCUUCAGUACUCCAUCAUGUACCUAAAUCAUUGCAGUGUAUGUUUCUAUGUGUAAAGAACAUAUUUGUUCACUUGUCAUGAAACCAACCCCUGCUCACAUAUUUAUUUGAUACAAAAUUUUCUUCAAAGAUCAUUAAAUAACUGAUCAAUAUAGAUAUAUAUAUUCUUAAUAAUUGUCCAUGCCCAUUCCCCAAAAAUUAUUAACUAUAAUUUAUCUUAUUUAACAGCAUUCAACAUGUAGCUGGUCUACAACAGAUGUUUGCAGAAUCCUUGAACAUAUCAUUAACAUAGUGAGCAUCCAAUGAUGGAGUUUGUUUAAUGGUGCUGUCACAACCACAGUGAAUAAUGCAGGGUGACCAAGAUAUAUUUAUUGUCCAUUCAUCCCUCCAGUCUAACUGUACAUUCUGUAAAUACCCAUGACAUAUCAUCUCAUCAACAUGUCAAUUCAGUGAAAUUCAGCAAAAUCACAAAUUCACAAUCAUAUCAUUAUUGUGCCAUGAACACAUUACUGCAUAAUAUAGAUAAUGCCACCACAUGUCAAUUGUGUGGUCAGAAUAAUUACUUGUAAGUCUACCACUGACUCUACAAUUGUGUCUUUCCUCAUGUCUGUUGUCAGAUGUGGACUUCUGUGGUUUCUUCUUUGAUGGACUUCCUUAGAUUAAAUUCUAUCUGUGAUAUCUUGCUAUUAUAUUAAUGGUUCUGAAUGAGUAGAGUGUUGAGGUAGUAGAUGGCCAUGCAUUUUUUACGUGUGAUUCAAGGGAUGUUAGUAAAAUGUUAUGUAGUAAUAGUAUGUGGUAUUUAUGUUACUAUGAUUUGAUGUUGAGCGUUUUGCUGUUGUAGAUAUCAGUCUUCUUUACGUUGCCAUGGUUCGCUGCAUUUCAGCCCAGGGGGUACCAAAAGACGAGUUAGCAAAUGUCUAGUUACAGCGCUCAUAUCAGAUUAUGAACUUAUUGAGAACUUAUUCUUGGAUAAUGUAGUUAAAUGUUUUGUUACAACCACUUAGUUGCAAAGAAUUUUAAUGUGACAUAGUUAAAUUUGAAAUUUUAAAAUGACAGGGUAUUACAGAGUUACCAUAGGUAAAUGAUAUGUAAUUACUUAUAUCAUUUAAAGAUAUUCUUAUAUGGUACAAAGUUUAUAUGUAAGAUAGUGAAUGUUACUGUAUGCUGCAAAGUAUAAUAAGUAUCCAACAAAUUAUUUAACAGAUCUAUAAUUUUACAAUGUUCCUUAGAAUAAUAUUUUUACACAAGCUCUCCUUUUGUUCACAUUCAUGGCUUAUUGCAUUUCUUAAACUUAGUUCAUAAAUUCUUACCUUUCUCUAUAAUUUUUUUCAUCAAUUUAUAGCAUUUUCAUGAUACAUACAUCUGUAUGCAUACAUAUUCAUAUAAAUAAUAUAGCUAUAAUAAUACAUAUACAUUAUUUAUUUAUUAUUUAUUUUUUUUCCACAUCAUGAUCUCAAGAAUACCACAACCAUUUCAUGACCAUUCUCCUCUGUUGCUCCCCACUGCUUAAAGUUCCAGAUACUGGCAUCAAGUCCCAACCAUUCUCACUUUUCUUGACAUAUUGCUCUAUUGCUCUGGUUCACCAUCUUACUCACAUCUUUUUAUUAGUCACCUACACAACCUAUUACUUUUUAUGGACUUAAAUCUCCAUAUUCUACUUCUUAUUCAUCACUGUAGCUUACCUCUGUUAUCAUUUUCACUCCAGUAUCUACACCCAAGAACCAACUUUCCUUCCUGUAUCAGUAUUUUACUAUUCAUUACUGUAUCUGUGACUCCUAAACCUCUACCUAUAUACUGUAUUAUACAUCUCAUCACAUUGUUCUUUGCUGUAUUCAUCCAAAAACACCUUCCAUCAUGCUCAUCUCCCAAAUUUUGUACCUACAUUAUGUACUUGCACCUGAUACAUGUUCCACUUUCACUUCCAUACACCAUUUUUUCCAUUCUUCAACAACCAGACAUUUUAUUUGCCACCAUGCUAUCUAUGGAUAUAUUAAGUGUCAGUCCAAGACAGGGAUGUAACUAUCAGUAUGUCUCCUUGUUUUAUAUCUUUGUGAAUGGAUCAGUGAGAGAGGUAUUUACAUAUCAUGUAUAUCAUUGUUGUUAUUAUUAUUAUUAUUAUUAUUAUUAUUAUUAUUAUUAUUAUUAUUAUUAUUAUUAUUAUUAUUAUUAUUAUUACAAAUAUUAUUAUUACUAUUAUUAUAUAUUAUAUAUUAUAUAUUAUAUAUUAUAUACAAAUACAUGAAGAAAAACUU